UUUCUGUGUUGGCAUUCUACAGGUGGAAUGUCAUCCUUCCCUCCACCAGAGCAAGCGGCUGGAUUUCUGAAAACUGAAAUAAAUGAGACUUGUUCUCCUUGCCUAUUCUGCUCUGGGGUUUAUGAGGGGUCAUUAGCAGGAUAUGCAUUAGCACGGAGAACCGAGGUGCAAACAUCUUUAGUAUAGAACAUCUUUACUAUACUAUAGUAAAUGUCUUUACUAUAGAAGGACUUCAUAAUGUAUACAAAACUGCUCAGAUUCUCAAAAAAAGCAUCCAAAGAGCUUUUUGUUUGUUUGUUUUUUGAUUAAUGUGCACUCCAACAUCUGCUGGGUGUUCAUGCAAUCCGUCUUCAAUGAGAACAACUUCCCCAUAUCCUGGAGCAAGUACACCUACUGUUGUCAGUCUGAUAGCUGGAAAAAUCUUCCCUAUACAAUGCACAUGAAUUUCCAACUACAAAUUCAGUUGGGUGGUUCCCUUCCAACCAUUUAUAACCUGAAGGCAGAAGGAAAAAACAGAAUGUGCUUCAUCAGAGAAGCAACAAACAAUGGAUCCCAAAAGCCAGUGCCUGGAGCUUAAUGACGGUCACCUCAUUCCUGUACUGGGAUUUGGCACGUAUGCACCUGAAGAGGUUCCUAAGAGUGAAGCUCUGGAGGCCACCAAAUAUGCCAUAGAAGUUGGGUUCCGUCAUAUCGAUGGUGCUUAUUUAUACAAAAAUGAAGAGCAGGUUGGACAGGCCAUUCGAAGCAAGAUUGCAGAUGGCACUGUGAAGAGAGAAGACAUAUUCUACACGUCAAAGCUUUGGGCCACUUUCCUUCGACCAGAGUUGGUCCGACCAGCCUUGGAAAAGUCCCUGAAGAAUCUCCAACUGGACUAUGUGGAUCUCUACAUCAUUCAUUUUCCAGUGGCUCUGAAGCCAGGGGAUGAGCUUCUUCCAAGAGAUGAAAAUGGAAAAAUAAUAAUGGACACGGUGGAUUUCUGCCAUACGUGGGAGGCCUUGGAGAAGUGUAAGGACGCAGGACUGACCAAGUCCAUCGGCGUGUCCAACUUUAACCACCAACAGCUGGAGAAGAUCCUGAACAAGCCAGGGCUCAAGUACAAGCCCGUCUGCAACCAGGUGGAAUGUCAUCCUUAUUUCAACCAGAGCAAGCUGCUGGAUUUCUGCAAGUCAAACGACAUUGUUUUGGUUGCCUAUGCUGCCCUGGGAUCCCAGCGAUUAAAAGGAUGGGUGAACCUAAACCACCCAGUUCUCUUGGAAGACCCAGUUCUUCAUGCCAUUGCCAAAAAGCACAAGCAAACCUCAGCCGUAAUUGCUCUUCGCUACCAGCUGCAGCGUGGAGUUGUGGUCCUGGCCAAGAGUUACAAUAAGAAGCGGAUCAAAGAAAACCUGCAGGUUUUUGACUUUGAAUUGACCACAGAAGACAUGAAAGCAAUUGAUGGCCUCAACAGAAAUAUGCGAUAUUAUCUUGCACCCUAUGGUGCUGAUCACCCUGAGUAUCCAUUUACUGAAGAAUUUUGACUGAGAACUAUUCAUCAUGGUUCACCAAUAUCAGAAUGUAUUGAUUCUAGGGGUGUGCAAAGAAUUCCUGUACUUGAUGGAGGUGAUUCAAAGCAAUGUCUCACAUUUUAGGCUUCUUGCAUUUCUUAAAUGAAAUAAUAAAGACUUCAGAAUUGGGAUGGUUUGGAGGGGGAUCAAAAGGCAGAGUAGGAGGACCUCGAACUCGUCUCCAUUGGUAGGAACAUUAAAAAUACCUCUGCAUGUAGAGAAGGUGCCACUGCAAACAACUGAAGAGUAGCUUCAUGGCUCUUCCACAGCCAAGGCAAUAAAGAAAGAACCUCACAGAGUCUCACAGGUGGCAGGAGAAUGGAUCUAGUCAGGACCCACUCCCCUUGCAGGUGACCUGACAAAGAGAAGUGUAUACAAGCUCUGGGAUCCCCCUCAAUGAGCAAGGGGCUCAAGACCCAUAUUAGGCACCAGAGCUCUGGGCAUCAGCCCUGGGCAGAUGAGCCCCCUUGGCUGUUUUGAAAACUGGUGGGGCUUUAAGAAUCCAAGGCUCCUGUCUUCAAGAGCACAUGCAAGACUUGAUUGCUCUUGGCCCCAACACAGAAGAAGUUGACUGAAUACUGCUUGAUGUUGUAGCCCACCGGCCAGGACCACCUCAGUGCCUUCCUGGGCCUGCACAAGGCUCCUGCUCCAUCCCCUUCUGCUCUGGCCCUCAUGCCCCACGAAGGUGUUAGACUGCCAUCACACACACGGGGGAAAGUGGAGCCAACUCAGAAGUUUGUCUCUACUCCUAGGGCCCCAGCACAACUCCCCCACAGGGCAGCAAUUGCCGUGAUGCCUGGCAGAAGCCUCAGCCCACACCCGACCCUGGCCAUAGUCCCUCUGACUCCAGCCCUAUCUCCUUCCAAGUCUGUAGCUGCCAGCUCACCUGGGGAGAAGAUGUGGCACAUGAUCACUUUAGAUCCAGUUCUCCCAGCAAGGCCACAGGUCAUAGGCAGCCCACACAGAGAUGCUUCCACACAAGGACAUAGGUACCUGUUUGCCUAAUAUCUUAGACCAAAAUAACAGACCAAACAAAUCAGAAGAAAAACACAUGUGUUCCAAAUGAAAAACAAGAUAAAAUGUCAAGGACAAUCCCAAUUAACCAGAUAAAUAACUUCCCUGAUAAAGAACUCCAGCCAAGUAAGAAGUCUGCUCACUGAACGUGGGGAAAGAAUAGAGGAGCACGGUGAGAGCUGCAAGUCCCAAUCAGAGCUGAAAUAUACAGCAACUGUAAUAAAAGUACACUGGAAGGACUGAACAAGAGGUUCGGUGAUACAGAAGAAUGCACGAGCAGCAGUGAAGACGGAGUAGUGGAAUCGAUCAGAAGAGAAAUAAAGAUUAAUAUA